UGUCGGGUUUUUAUUGCCGCGCUGGGGAUGCGAAAGGCGCGGGCAGAUGGAUGCACGUGCGCGCAGCAGCCGUGCUCUCGGAGUGCAGCAUCGGGCUGAGCAUCCUCCGCGCUCCCUAACACCCCCAGGGCGGCUCUGAGCCGUCAGCUGCGAUUGUGGUGCCGCGGUGUCCCCAGCAUUGGUGUCAGCCCCAGCUUGAAGGGCUCUCUGCCGCCCUGUUGCUGCCUCUCUGUCGGAAUCUGACACCCCUCAGCCAGGUUUGAGUUUCUUCUCCAUGAGGUCAUUUGAAGUCCAGUCUGAGCGACCAUGAGCGCGCUUGACUUCACUUCCAUCCUGGAUUUCCUGGAGACGGCCAACUUGACGGAGAUCAACUGGACGUGCAGCAACGGCGAGUGCAUCACGGUGGAUGCCACAACAUGUCCCGGCACACUCAACAAGGGCGCCCUGCUCUACACCCUGUCCUUCUUCUACAUCUUCAUCUUCGUCAUAGGCCUGGUGGCCAACUCGGUGGUGGUAUGGGUCAACCUCCAGGCCAAAAUGACCGGCUAUGAAACCCACCUGUACAUCUUCAACCUGGCCAUCGCCGACCUGUGUGUCGUGAUCACGCUUCCCGUGUGGGUUGUCUCGCUCGUCCAGCACAACCAGUGGCACAUGGGGGAAAUCACGUGCAAGAUAACUCACCUGAUAUUUUCCAUCAACUUGUACAGCAGCAUCUUCUUCCUGGCGUGCAUGAGCGUGGACCGCUACCUGUCGGUCGCCUACUUCACCAACUCCAGCAGCCACAAGAAGAAGAUCAUCCGCCGCUGCAUCUGCAUCCUGGUGUGGCUCCUGGCCUUCUCCGCCUCCCUCCCGGACACGUAUUACCUCAAGACAGUCUCUUCCAACAACGAGACCUACUGCAGGCCCGUUUACCCCGAAGAGAGCUUCAAGGAGUGGCUGAUUGGCAUGGAGCUCAUCUCCGUGGUGCUGGGCUUCCUCAUCCCCUUUCCUGUCAUCGCCAUGUUUUAUUUCCUCCUGGCCAAGAGCAUCUCCGCCUCCAGUGACCAGGAGCGCAAGAGCAACGGGAAGAUCAUCUUCUCCUACGUCGUGGUGUUCCUGGUGUGCUGGCUGCCCUACCACGUGGCUGUCCUGCUGGACAUCUUCUACAGCCUUCACUUCAUCCCCUUCAGCUGCCAGAUGGAGAACUUCCUCUACGCCACCCUCCACAUCACCCAGUGUUUCUCUCUCGUCCACUGCUGUGUCAACCCCAUACUGUACAGCUUCAUCAACCGCAACUACAGAUACGAGCUCAUGAAAGCCUUUAUUUUCAAGUACUCUGCCAAAACUGGCCUCACUAAACUCAUCGAUGCCUCCAGAGUGUCAGAAGCAGAAUACUCAGCUCUGGAGCAAAAUGCCAAAUGACUGCAGCCCCAGAAAUUUCCUUGACUCUCUAACCUGAUGUGGGUUUUUUUGUAUGUUGCGGUUUGUUGUUUGGUUUUUUUUUUGUUUGUUUUUUUUUUACCCCUUCCUUUCAAUGUGCUUGUUACGAACGGGGCGUGAAUUCCAGCCUACAAAAGAGAGAGGACAAAGUAUAAUUUAAGAGUAGGAUGAGUUGUGAAGUGGAAGUGGUACCAAAAUGAAAACCUUUUCUCCUCCUAGCCCAGUGUGGACUCCUCAACAACGCUAUGCAAAUGGAAUGACUUCCUAGCAGACAAAGCCAUUGUGUACCAUAGAUAACAUGGAUAAGCUUCUCCUUCCACGUCUUGAUUCCCUCUUGUCUCCUUGUAUACGUUUAUAUAUAGUGUGUGUUGUAUUUAAAAGCUCGAGACUUUAUUUUCUGCCUCUUGGUGUACCUUAUACAAGUGUAUUUGAAAGUUAAAUAUAUUUUUAUCAUGUAUUUGAAGUAUAUUGUUGAUGAGUGUAUCCAGAGUGCUGUAGUCUGAGUGUUUGGCUCCAAGAGGAUGCUGACAAAUAGGAUGGAAAUGAUCUCUUGGGAGCAUCCUCCCUGGCUGGCACACUUUAUGGACCGUGGCUUUAUGUGGUGUCACACCCACAUGCUGGAACAUGAAAUAUAUGUAGUGUAAUAUAGCUGCCAUCAUGUUAAAAUUAACAGUAUUGUCAGAGUCCUUAACUCCUCCACCCCUGCUUCACCAGCCUGUAUCCUCCUGCACAGAGUGAGUGAUCUUACUGCUGAGAGUUGUCUCUAUUUGUAAGUUAUUUUUGUAAAAUAAAGAUCUGAGGAAAAAA